ACCGGGGCAGCGGCCGAACGACCCGGGACUCCCCACGCUGCCGGCAUCGGGCGGGACCGGGACAGCACCAGGAUAACAGGGCGGGACCGGGACAGCACCGGGAUAACGGGACUGGGACAGGACUGAGAUAACGGGAUAGAAAUAACCGGGCAGGGGUGGGACAGCACCAGGAUAACGGGAUCGGCACCGACACAACCGGGAAAGUCUGGGACGGAACCGGGAUACGGGACCGGGACCGGGGGGUCAGGACCAGCACCGGGAUAACGGACCCCCAUGGCAGAGGGAAGCGAGCCCCCCCGCCGGGCCCCCGCCGGCCCGGGCACCCAGGUGACUCCCCCACCCAGCCCUGCCGGCCAGUACCGCGGGUCCACACCUUCGGGAAGGGGGGGCAGGCGCUGCGCAGAGACCCCUGCGCCCCCCCUGCCAUGCGCGGCUGGCUGUACAAACAGGACAGCUCGGGGCUGCGGCUCUGGAAGCGCCGCUGGUUUGUGCUGGUCGAUCUCUGCCUGUACUACUACCGGGAUAGCAGCGAGCAGCAAGUGCGGGGCGGCCUCCCCCUGCCCGGCUAUGAGAUCCGCAUACUGCCUGCUGCCCCCCGCGCCCCCCGGUUCCUCUUCACGGCCGAGCACCCCGGGAUGCGGACGUACUGCCUGGGGGCUGAGACCCCCGAGGAGCUGAAUGCCUGGGUCUGCGCCUUGCGUCGGGGUGCAUCACCCCUGCCCCGCUCCCCCUGCGCUCCCUCCCUCCAGAUGCCCCAGGAACCACAGAGUGGGGGUCCCCCAUUGUCCCCUCGCCCCUGUGGCUGGUGUCCCCCAUGGCCCCCAGCUGAGGAGGUGGUGGGCCCACCCAUGCCCCCUACUCGCCACCCCCUAGUCCCUCCACUGCACCCCAGCAAGGUGUCCCCACGCCCGGAGGAGGCCCCGGCACGGGGGGAGCCCCGCCCUAUGCUGACCCCGCCUCCCCUGGGGAGGAGUCUGCGGGAGCUCCGCCCCCCCUGGAGCAGCGACCAUCCAGCAGCUGCCCCCUCUGGCCGGCGGGGGGCCAGAUGCCGUGGAGCAAGUCAUGGCGGCCAAUCAGGCACUGGCUUUUCCACCUGGCUUUUCUGAUUGG